AUGCUUCUAAAACCUAGGGUAGAAAGAUGCGUCUAUUCAUGGAUGGGGUACCCUUGCGAGACAUUAGUCUGCGCCGCUAUUGAGGAGCUCGAUCCCGCUUCCAUUUACCUAGACAAAGUUGGAACCCCGGUGUGCAGCGCCUUGUGGAUGGUCGACCGCGAGGAUCCGAGCAAGCUUCUGCCCAUUGGCGCCAUCAACGAAAUUUUGGUUGAAGGCCCAAGUGUGGCGCGAGGAUAUUACAGGGACCCUACCAACACUAUUACCUCUUUCAUGCCCCCGCCGCCCUUCGUGCGAAAACGUGGGAGCUCGUCUUAG